AUGACUGAACAUGAUGAUCAAACGGCGUUACACCGCUCUGAUGCCGUCAGUCCUAAACCCAACAUCGAAAUAAACACCAAUUAUCUCAUUUCGAAGGACAGCACAAAACAUCUCGAUGGUAUUGAGACAACAGAAAAAUUACUUGCCGUUGAACUUCAAUUUAUCAAGAGUCUACCAGGCCAAUGGGUCAUGCACCUCAAGAUACUGGAGAAAAAUACGACACUAAAUCCCAAAAUUUCAGAGACAGCAGCUUUCAAAAUCACUGAGAGCGAUAACAGCAAGCAGUCUUAUAAUCUUCUUCCUAACAGCCCUUCCAUUAACAAAUCAUCCCCGAAUACUGUGGAUUUCCAAUUAGACUGGCUUGAGAAAAGCAGGCUAUGUUUAGCAAUCCUGUUCAGAAGCUCUCAUUCGCCCACUUUCGAGUUUUCAUUCUCGAGAAUUGGAAAGUCGGUAGACUUCGCGAACGCACCUAUUUCCAGUGUGGACCGUUUGGCUCCAUCAGAACCUACUUCAGAUGAAACCCCAUUUUCGUGGGCACUGGCACACAAAUGGUUCGAUGCUUUUGUCAGUUCGGAUGAUGAAACAUUGUUAUCCUGGGCUGCUCGCAAUCGAAAUUUGGAUGUGAUGAAGCAUCUGAAAACCCAUGCGACAGACCGGUUUGAAAGCCUUCUUGAACAUCGAGACGAACGUGGACGGACGCCAAUCUCACUGGCGGCAGGAACUGGUAGAAGAGACAUUGUUAAAUUUCUUUUCAAAGCUGGUGCCAACUUAUUUUCAGAAGAUGAUGAGAACCUCACCCCCUUGUCAUGGGCGGCUUCUCGGCAAUUUUAUAUAUCAAAUCUUGAGCUAUUUCUGUUCAUUUUUGACAUUUGGAAGAGAUCGGAUAACCCUCCGAAAUGGUGGGAAUUGAAGCAUCUCUGCCAGGCGGCAAGAUUCGGUUGGAUCACUCCAGCCGAUACAUUCUUUAGUUCUUUGAAAGAAGGCAACAGCAUUAUCAACGAAGGCCACAGCAAUUUCCGCAAUGUCGAUGAUGUUUUACCGAUUGAAGCAGCUCCAUUAGAAAGCGAAAGAAUAUACCACGAAAAAACAACUCUCUGCAUUGCAGCUGAACAUGGGCAUAGCGACAUUGUUCAGAUGCUUUUGCGGUCUGACGCGAAUGUAAACUUCACGACGCAAACGUUCAAGUUAACGCCCCUCAUGCUCGCAAUUACUGGCGUAGCAGACGAGUAUGCCAAAGCAAGAGUGGUUGACCUUUUGUUGACAGGGGGAGCCGUGAUUUCCGAAAAGAACUCCAAAGGGCAAACAGCAGAAGACCUGGCGAUUAACAAAAGGCUACCAAGUGUGGUAACCAGGCUCCAAUGGAGAAGCAAAGAUGGCCCAGCCGCUGAAAGCGCUGACCAACUUGACCAAGCUGUGGACGCUCUGUUCUUAGCCACAGUGACUACGUUCAAAUCGGAAGGCGAUAGUUUGAAGGGUUUUGUUUCGGAGAGACAUGAUGUCAGCCAGCUGCUACUGAAUCAGGAGUAUGAAUCCACGGAAGAAGAGGAGAAACAGGAAGCCGUCUCCAAAUGGAUCCAUCUCCCAGCUAACAACAUGCGAUGGGUUGAAGUUCUUAUAUCACAACUGUACAAGGACAAGACACAGACAUACAACAUCUUGAAGCCGGAGCGGUGGGUACGACGGCAACAUCAUCGUGGCCUCGAUACUUCGAAUGCGACUUCGGUAAAGCCUGGAAUUCAUCACGCUCGAUUUAUGAGACCAUUAUGCCAGGCUUUCCGCAGUUCCAAGGACGAAGCGCCAAGCAAAAAGAAGUCUCCGUGCAAAGAACAAAAUGCUUUUGAUACGAAUUUGGUUCUUUUUAUGCCGUAUCUCCACUGGGACAUCACGAAACGACACACUCAAAGGGAAGACGUUAUGAAACAGACCACUCGUAGUACAAACCCUAUCAAAGGAUGGAAUAAAGACCAGAGUUUCUUAAAUUCUUAUCUGUUCUAUAAGGAAGACUCCCAGAAUAAAUCAGCAACAGGUUUAGAUCUAGAGCGGCACUUCAUGCAUCAACCACAUGUAAGAAGGACACUGGAUCAGUACUACUACCAUGAGUUAGACAACACCAGAGAGAGGGAUCGGGACCAGGUUCUGUCUCGGGCAGCCUGCCAGAGAGAUCUGCUUCCAGAAUCGAAGGUUUUGGCUGUGGUCGACCAGCUGUGGCUAUGGAUUCUUACAGGGAAAAGCGGCAAACCAACAACGAUAGUCACAUGCUUCCCUGACAAAGAGCCAAAUUCUAAGAACGAAGGUAACGGGAAUGGAGCAACUGACAGUGAUGACGACCUUGACCCUUAUGGCGAUACGACUAUACUAAGGCAAGUCCAUUCGCACAUGCUCGAUUAUCCUCAAACCUAUUUGGACACAGAAGGCCAGGAUGAGCGACUUCGGUUCAAAGAAAUGUACGAAAUGGCAAUUGGAGACGUGAUGCAACAAGAGACAGAACUUUUCGAUGAGUUUACCGCCGUCAUGGAGGUAACCAAGAAAGAGCAAAAGACGAAACAGUCGUUGAAAACCCAAUUGAAUGCCCUAUCAGAAGUUCAAACACCAGAGAAAGCCCGACCGCAAGAUACCAAACAGUUCCAAGUUAAUCUUACCAAGAGAUUUGAGGCCGUGCUUAAGGACCUCAACGACAACUCGGCCAAUCAGCUCAUUGACUUCCUUGUUCAUUCAAGCGGCGAACGAAUCACACAAGAAAAAGUCGAAAAUCUUUUUAAGAUUGCGCAAUUGCGAGUUCUAGACAUUACGAAGGAGGUUCAGCUAUUGCACCAGAUCAAGGACGUUCAGGAUGAGCUACGUAUCAUGUCCAUGAUAUUUCGAGAUCAAAAGGUUGUCAUCCACGAAAUGGAGGAUAUAAUCCAGUCAAUUCCCUCGAAAGGCGCAACAGAAGAUCCAUCUGAAUCAAAAUGGAGGAAGCCAACCGAAACCAUUGCAAGAGAGCUCUCAGAGGAGGACAAGACUCCGGAUCGCGCGCGAGAGAAGACACCUAUUCAAAACGUUGAUGGUAAUACUGGCGUGACAAAAACGUCGACUAAUGAAGAAGAGGACAAUGUUCGUGUUGGAAACGAUGAAUUGUUUUCGCUGGCUAACGGAGUAAAGUCGCUCGUGCCAGAAGUCACUCGCAACCACAUUAGACAUGAUGCGUUUUUCACAUCUAUGGCGCCCAAAACAGGUCCAAGUACAAGUCUUGAUAAAAAGCAACGCUCUGCGCCUUCGCCACGUGCAAUCGUUCAACUCAGUAUCGAUGAGAUCGAAGACAUGAUCGAAGGGGCUAACAAUGUGUACAAUGCUCUAAACUUACUCAUUGACUUGAAACAGAAGCAGAGUAAUGUUAUGGAUGCCAGAUAUGCCAGGGUCCAAGCAGAACAGAGCGUCAAACAAGGCAAGACAAUUAUGGUUUUCACGAUCGUCACGAUUGUUUUCUUACCUCUGUCGUUCAUGGCAGCCUUUUUCGCGAUUGAUAUCCACCAGUUCAAGAGGGCCAGUGACGGCAAACUCAGCAUAGGCUAUGUCUCUGAGAUUAUGUUUCCUGUCUCUGCUUUCAUUAUCGCAUUUCUGAUCUACAUUGCUUUUGAGAUUGACAGUUUCGAAUCGUGGUGGACAAAGUGGACUGGCAAGCUACCAGUCGUGAAGAAAAGAAAGGUGGGCGAUGUGGAAAACCCGCCUUCUGGCAAUGACAACCGCCGAGAUUGA